UAACUUCACUCAAUCAAUGAACUUCCACGUCUGAACAAUCGUUUUCCAGUCAAGGACGGAUCGACGAUAGUUGAUUUCCUUCCUGGUCGCAAUUCAUCGAUCUCGAUCAUCUCGUAACGGUGUGUUAUAAUUUGCCAAACAGAUUAGAAGGGUUUUGUCGAGCCUCGUUCCGUCCAAUUAACACCAUCGAUACGCCUAGAAAAUAUUUUGUCCCCUCGAAUCGAAUCCCAUUCCACCGGCCAAAAUCGAACGAGGAACGCGCGUGUAUCCAUACGCAACAAAGACAAAAGAAAAUGAAGAAAAGAAGUAGAAAAAGUACGUCUGAUAAUGAAGUUUAAUUUCUGUUUUCAGAUUAGCAUGAAUGUCUUUGGGCAGAGAGGGGAGAAAAUUAUAAGUGGUGUUAAGUAGCGACGGCAGGUGAAAAUGGAGUUGGACAAUAAAUUAGCAACAAGUCGUUGGUGAGGUACAGUUACGAGUCUAUAUAGAAGACUGGCAAACCGAGUUGCUCGAUCAUUCAUCUUUGAAUAUCGUGGAAGAUGAUACGCGCAUUUAUCUCGCUGUUUUUAGCGAGUCUGUCGAUCGUCUCGGUCUUACCCCAAGUGACGUCAUAUGCGAAAGUGUCGAAGAAUGGUCAAGAAGAACCGCAAGCAGCCAACGAUCCGUGGAUCGUCAGAAAUGGAACGGAAGCGGAAGGUAGGAGUAUCAAGAACAUCGCGAUCACUAUGUCACCGGUUUAUAUUUCACCGAAAAUCCAGAAUCUGAGGAACGGCGAAGCGAUCAACUAUUCCCCUGGUAGAAGAUACUCGACGUUGGACCACGAAUUAAUAGCGCAAUUGAACGCAAAGAAACAGAUUCAGGAUAGAUACCAUCCAGCACCGCUGCUUAACUACAAGUCCAAGAAGGAACCAUCGAAAGACACGGAGGAUAAUUCGAAACCUUCGAGUGGCCCGAAUGGUCCACCGACCGGUCCAUCGUCUUCGGGUAUGUUUGAAUUUUCUAACCCAACGUUUUCAGAGGGCUACGACUAUAAGCCGCUGGAUUACCCGAGUAGUAAGCCGAUUUCAAAGCCGCCGGAUUACCUCGGUGACAAACCGAUCUCCAAGCCAAUGUCCAUGGACGAUUACGCAGAUUCUGAGAUAAGCGACAAGCCACCAGAUUCCUACAAACCGGAUUCCUACUUCGCGUCCCACGACCAUGAUUCCUCCGACUACUCCGACAAUCCGCCCGACACGUCUUACAACAAUGACGCAGCACCGAAACCGAUCAAGUAUUCCGGCCAUUUGGAUCAUCCUCCCUUCAACGACGACGACAACGACGACGACGACGACUCUUAUGGCCAGCAUCACGACUUCCAUCACGAGGUGAUCUACGAUCACAUUCCUGAAUACCACGAGCACCAGACAAUGCCACCAGAAAUGAACGAUCAAAGACUGAACAAGAGGCCGUAUUCGUAUUACUACGUAGGCAAGAAGCUUUGGUACGUUCCACUGUACUUCAGCAUUUAUUUUAUCAUCUACAUCGCGGCUCUGGUGUUGAAGAGCAUCGCCAGACACAAGAUCACGUUCCCUGCGCAUCUAGCGGAUGCUGUGGCGCAUACAAGAUCGUACAGUGAUUUUAGUUGGUGGGAUUUUGCGGGAGAAACGCUGCGGAGUGUCGAGAGCUUCGUCGACAAGUAUGGAAAGAUUUCUUAGAGUAUUUUUAUCGAUCGUUUGCGAAUCGAGGAUCGAUUUAGAGUGUUGAGGUAGCAAUUAAGUUGAUGUUGUUAGAAUAUAGUCGAUAAGUAUAUAGUUAAGUAUUUGAUCAGUUUGCUAAGGAUAUACAGUGGUUAUUUGUUGUACAUCGUUGUUACUUGUCGUUAUACAUCUACGUAUUAAUCGAUUAGGUGAAAGUAGAGUGAGAGUCAAAUGUGAGUAUACACCAAAAGAGAAAAGAAAGAGUUUCGUAUAAUAGUGAUUUAUUUAUAUAUUUACAUUUCGUUCGAUGAACGAAAGACUGCAAGUACUCGUGCUCUCUGUCACAUAGAUCGUUUGUUAAUAGAGAAUUAAUUGGGUCAAGAAUUGUUCUUGAACAUGCGAUGAUACAUAUUUUUUAUUUAUAAAAUGACAGUAAACAAUAGCAUAACGUAGACCUUUCGUAGAGCUUAGACCGUAAUACAUUGAUUUAGAGCUACUCUACGGUACGAGCAGUGAUUUUGUGCAUGUACGUGUAAAUACUACUUUAUAGUCAAGUCUUGUAAAUAUUGAAAAACGCUUCUAAUAGACUAUUUAUUUAAAAGUUAUGCAGAACUCUGUUCAUUAGCAUAGAUAUAAAGUUAUAGAUAAUUUGGCAGUUUGUGAUUAAGAGUUGGCAACACGCAUUCGACAAAUCGUCGUACCAUCUCAGUUCUAAAAAAUGGCCCGUAAACGCAAUAAAAAUCUACAAAGAAAAUUUCACAUUCACCAAGGAAUUUCCUCCCAGCGAUCCAUCCGACCGAAUCCAUCGAGAGUUCGCAAAACGAUAGCGUUGGUCGAACACCGAAAAAUAUAGAUAUAUUUCCGAAUAAAUGCAAGUAACAAAUAAGAUUUAAUACAUUCGAAUGUAUUCAUUGUUAAAUAGUUAGGAUAUCUCUACAAAUGUUUUCGUAAAAUUGUUUAAUUAUAUAUGUAUAGCGAAUGUCGUUAUAAUAUUAACUGUAUCAACGAUUAAUAGAAACAGGGUGGAAAAUAAAUUUUCUUAAUUGCUCGAA